UUUAAAUCCCGAACGCUCUCCAAAAUCUCCAGUUCUAUAACGGACUCAAACGGGCGGGCGUGCUGCGUCGGCAUUUGUUUUCGAACGUCGCGCGUUCUAAAAUUCAAAAUCAAAAUGCAAACACCACAGCUAGAUGAUGAACAAAUGGGAAUGCUCCGACGGGCCUUCAGCAUGUUCGACUCGAGUAAGCAAGGCCGCAUUGAAAAGGAAAAAGUGCGGACCAUCCUCAACACGAUGGUUCAUAGCUACGACGACCAACAACUCGAUCAGAUGUUGGAUUCAGAAGACGUUGAUGGAAGCGGAAAGUUAAAUUUCGAUUCAUUCGUGCGGGUCGCCACACACUUCUUGGACGAAGACGAUGAGGCGCUACAGAAAGAACUCAAGGAGGCCUUCAGGCUGUAUGAUAAAGAAGGAAAUGGCUACAUCCCUACAUCGAGCCUGCGUGAAAUCUUGGCUGCACUCGAUGACCAGCUCACGCCCGAUCAGCUGAACGAGAUGAUCGCAGAAAUCGACACUGAUGACUCUGGAACUGUUGACUUUGAUGAGUUCAUGGAGAUGAUGACCGGCGAUUAGACGGGACAUACGGUGCGGCGUUUUGUACGGCAGCGAUGCGGUUGUUGAAAAACAGAUUUUAUUGUGGUUUCAAAUAGAGGAAAAAUUAAUAAUUGUAAAACUUGUAAUUUAGUCUUGGUUGAAACUUGAGCUGUAAUUUAUCUGAAGAGGUAUUUGAUUUUGUUCUAGAUUUUCCAUUAUUUUAAAAUCAUGUUGUUUAAUAAAUAUAAACCAUAAGGUACAGACAAUCUAAAGGUUUUAUUAUUAUUGAUUACUCAUGAACUUAGAAUAUAAUAGAAUAGAAUAAACAUUUAUUCGUCAACAUAUUUAGGCAAGACACAUCUACAGUUUACAUAAAUCUACUGAUAAUACAAUCUAAUCGUGUUUCAGCUUAUUCAAGUUACCAUAGUGAAAAAAAUCUGUAUCUAUUAUUUAAAUGUUUAAAAAAAAAAAUAUAUUAGUUAGAUACCACAGUGUUUAAUUUCAAUUAUAAGUAAAUUAAAAACACUCCUUAAAAAAAGAAGAAAAAUUCUAUUCCGUAUGCUUACCCCCAAACAACCAUUACUUAAUAAAUAUGAACAGCGCUCUUAGCUUAUAAUCUCUGUAAUUAAUUUUAGUAUACUCCUCAUUGUAAUAAAUUAAAUACAAUUAA